ACUGAGAAAGCUAAGAAAAGUACUCUUCUCCCUUGAAAGUUGUUGAUACUUUCGUAAUUGUUUGGUUAAAUUUUGCCUGAACUGCAGAGGAAAGAAUAUUGUAAAGGACGAGGGUUUAAAAUGCUUCAUUUGAGACGAAUCUCCAAUCGGCAAAUAGGUCAACAGAUCAGAUGUAUAUCUCAAUAUUAUGGCAAGAGGAGAGAGAUGCCAUCAAAUACUGUCAUUAAUUUUGUCCCCCAACAAGAAGCAUGGGUCAUUGAAAGAUUUGGACGUUUUUCUCGCGUAUUGGAACCUGGACUUGCUAUUCUCAUUCCGUUGAUUGAGCAAAUCAAAUAUGUCCAAAGUCUGAAAGAAGUUGCGACAGAGGUUCCAUCUCAAUCGGCUAUUACCUUAGACAAUGUCACUCUUCAACUGGACGGUGUUUUGUAUUACCGCGUAGAAGACCCUUAUCAGGCCUCUUAUGGCGUGGAAGACUGUGAAUACGCCGUCACACAACUCGCUCAAACUACGAUGAGAUCUGAGCUCGGAAAGAUCACACUGGACAAAAUCUUCCAGGAAAGAACUUCCUUGAAUUCAAACAUUGUCAAUGCGAUCAGCGAGGCGGCCUCUGCCUGGGGAAUAAAAUGUCUACGAUAUGAAAUACGCGAUAUUCAGCUGCCAAGCAAAGUAAAGGAAGCGAUGCAGAUGCAGGUUGAAGCUGAGCGUAAAAAGAGAGCUGCGAUUCUUGAGUCAGAAGGUAGCAAAGUCGCUGCAAUCAACGUGGCCGAAGGUCAAAAACAAAGUCAGAUUCUUGCUUCUGAAGGUCGUAAAACUGAGCAAAUCAACACAGCAACUGGCGAGGCAAAUGCGAUUCUCGCGAAGGCCAACGCAAGAGCGGAAGCCAUCCUAAAAGUAGCCGAGUCUUUGUCGCUGAAGAGCGGUGACAAUGCAGCAGCUUUAACUGUUGCAGAGCAGUAUGUUCAAGCCUUUGGUAAUCUCGCUAAGACCAGUAACACUGUGAUACUUCCCGCUAACACUGGUGACGCAGCUUCGAUGGUAGCCCAGGCGAUGGCCGUUUAUAAUCAGGUUUCAAAACCCACAACGCCUGACGAUCCCGACGAUCCUAGCGACCGUAAGAUCAAGCCACAUAGCAACGAGACAUUAGAAUCACACGACAACCAACGAUCGGAUACGAUGCAUUCCGAAGAUUCAGGGACAAGAAUGGAUCAUAAUGUAUUGAACACUGAUUGGCAGCAAGUGAAAGAGCCAACUCAUUUUACCGCCGCUAGUUCCCCGACUAGAAAAAGAGAUUUCUCAUAGACUAAGUACUUCAUAGCUUGAAGAAAUGGACAUCAGACCAAAAUAGUUGUGGGCUCAGUCGCUCAACUUUUUCAAGCAGCUUAUUUACACUCGAUUCUGUUCUCAGAAAUAUUUUUCUGGUUUAUUUUUUAAGUUAUCAUGAAGUGAACAACCAUCUGGAAGGGCAUGAACGAAAACUGGGUUAGCAAUUAAUCCAUGGUUAGCGCUAAUCCAGCCUGAACAACCGCCCCUGGCACUUAUCAUUAAUCUCGUUUGCUUAGGUCCAUAAUAAAACAGAAAGAGAGAAAUAUGAUCUCUCUUAUGAACAAAAGAUGAAAUAAUGAUUUGAAAGCAAUUAUAAAAGAAUAACGCCAUAAUCAAAUUAUAUAAAAUGAAUGUAACG